CUCUCACGUGACCAGCCUGUCUGUCCUCUCCUCCUCAGUCCGGAUCUCUUUGUUGUGGUUGCAGCUGCUGCUCUCUUUACGCACCGCGUCUCCGCUCCUGCCGGAGCCUUGCACCGCCUCGUUACCGCGCGGAAACACUGGCCGGAGCGCCGCGACAAGCUCUCGUGCCGGGGAUCGGGACGUGGAGGCUCGUUACGUGUGCGACACCCCACAGAUAUAAGCUGCAUCAGACAGAGCUGCCUGAGAGAGACGCGGAGCUUCGGUGCGGAGGAAGGACGGAUGGCGAGGAUGCUGCCGCUGCCUCCUCUGCCUCUACCCUGGACGAACCGGACCCAGGCUUCCUGAACGCGGAAUCAGGCGAGGAGCUCUCUGCACAUUCCUCCAUCUUCACCGCACACUUGUGCACUCUCUCCGCUCUCCGGUGCUCUCCUCCAGCAGCGGGACACAGCGUGAGGCAGCCGCGGUGUUUUCUGGUGCAUCUCCGCCUGCUUCACCCGGGAUUACGCUAAACUGUCCGCACGCCUUUUCACCUGAACCGAGAACCGAGUGAUCUGUCUGCCGGUGUCACUGGAUCAUUAUCAUCGCCACCAGCUUCAUCAUCAUGGUGUCAGGCCCUGGGAGGAGGUGUCCCGGCGGGGCUGUCCGGUACCUGGUGUCCGCCUGUCUGCUGUCUCUGCUGCUCUACCUGCCGGAGGCUCGGGCGUCUUAUUACCCACAGAGCGGAGAGUGCAAAGGCAAAGGGAAGGACUGCACAGAUCUGUCAGAGAAGAAGAGCGACCUGAGGGUUUGUGAUGACUCCACCUGUCGAUUCGGAGGCGUCUGCAGAGACGACGGCGCUCAGCUCAAAUGUGUCUGCCAGUUCCAGUGCCACAAAAACUACAUCCCCGUGUGCGGCUCGAACGGAGACACCUACCAGAACGAGUGCUACAGGCGACAGGCGUCCUGCAAACAGCAGAGACUCAUCUCCCGGGUGUCGGACGGCCCCUGCUCCGCCGAUCCUGGCUCCGGUUCAGGAGACGGAGACGACGACGAGGGUUCAGGCUCGGACGUUGGGAAGAAGUUCACCAAGUGCAGCACAUGUAAAUAUGGAGCAGAGUGUGACGAAGACUCGGAGGACGUGUGGUGCAUAUGUAACAUCGACUGCAGCGGCCACAACGAAAACCCCGUGUGCGCCACCGACGGAAACUCCUACAACAACCCCUGCCUGGUCCGAGAGGCGUCGUGCAUGAAGCAGGAGCAGAUCGACGUCAAACACCUGGGCAGGUGCCCCGCUGAUAAAGAGAAACUGGGGAAGAAAGACGACAGCAGCCCUUUCAAAAUAAACGGCUUAGAAACCACAGGUCUGGAUCACGGUGACGGGUUCUACGCCGGGAUGCCGACUCCCUGCGCCGGCCUCUGUGUUCAUGGGAAAUGUGAGAUGAAGUACAACAUGGCCACCUGCAGAUGUGAUGCCGGCUACAAAGGUCCUCAGUGCGACGAGCCUCAGGACUUCAACAUCCUCUACGUGGUUCCCAGUGGACAGAAGCUGCACUACGUCCUCAUCGCCGCCAUCAUCGGCGCCGUGCAGAUCGCCAUCAUCGUUGCUGUGGUGAUGUGCAUCACGAGGAAAUGUCCGAAGAACAACAGAGGUCGCCGGCAAAAACAAAACCUCGGACACUUUUCCUCGGACACUAACUCCAGGAUGGUAUAGCCGUGUUUGUUGGUGGUUCUUUUUGAUAAGUUUUUUCUUACGGCGUGGGAAUGCCAUUUUUUAACAGUAGAUGUGUGGUUUCAUUUUUUUCUCUCCUGGGAAAAACCAUUAAAAAGAGGAAUGAGAGUAUUUAUUUAA